AUGGAUCUUCAGGAUAUGGAAUCUGUUAGUAACAGACAUGAUUACCCUACGGACGAAGAGAAUACGACAACACAGUCAGUACAUGGCAUCAAACCGAAUGCUGCUAGCGAUGAAUCGCACCCGACGAACGUUAAACCAGCCAAAACAUACGCACAUACUUCGGAUCAAGACAUCUCACGCUACAAAGACGAUUGCGAAAUGACGGUCCAUCGCCAAGAAAACAGUCUCCACACGUUCCGCGUAUGGUACGAUGAGCUAGCAGCGAUCGAACCGCAAAUUAAGCCUUCAAGCAUCGAACGGAAUGUUAUAAACACAGUGAAUGAUUAUACUUGGAAACCCUGGGCACCGGAAGCAUCUUUUACAUCGGAGCCCGAUUACGACAGCUCGCUCAACAUUACACAAGAAGAUUGGAUUCAGUUCAUGGAACGACUCUUUUCCGCAGAGACUCUGCCAUUGGAUAUAACUCUUUUGAUGCAAAGAAUCUGGCCAAUCUACAACAUUGCUGCAUCUGAAGACAAAGUGGGUCGACUAGGUUUCACUGUCCAAGCCGCAGCAGCUGAUAUAUCGUUGCUCAAACGCGUCAUGGAACAAGUACUUCACGAUGAGCGAUCCUGGCCUGCAUUUCCAUUAAGCGCUCGUGAUCGUUUGGAUGACAAAGUGGUGGAGGAGAGCAUUUCGUUAGAAGACUGCAAAUCCUGGAAUGGCUACGAGAAAGACCUUGGAAUUCUAAUGCGCACGGUCUCUCGUGGAGUGACUCACAACCCUGCAUCAAUAGAGAGGUGGCAGGAGGCCUACCGCAUAAGAAAGGUCAAGAAUGAGGAGGAAGUACAGUCAACGCAGCAGCAAAUAGAGUAA